UAUCUAGGCAGCUGGGAAAGCAUACCCCUCUCCAUCUCUUCCAGGUCUGUGUUGCAGAGUGUGUGUUGGGGAGGCUUUGAGCCAUGGAAUGCCGAGUGCCUGGGGGCUUGGGGCAGCUGGCUAGCAUGGGGAGUGGAGCUCGGUGGGCUGAUGGUUCAUGCACCUCUUAAAAGUAAUACUUCUCAUGUCCUUCAGGAACGAGGUGUUUAAUUCAGAGUUUUCAGAGUUUCCUGUUGCCCAGAUGGCGUUGCCCACAAUCCCUUCGUUUUGGAGCAACCGCAGCAGAGCCCUUGAGCAGCAGAUUGUGCACCACCGUGAGCAAGAAGCCCGUUUCCGGAAUCUGUGGGAGCUGAACAGCCGCUAUUUUCAACAGUCUGGGGUCUACAGCUCAAAGCAGGCCCAGUGGAGUUCACGCCGCUCCUACCAGCAAAGCAUGACCGCCUAUCACCGUGAGAAGCUUAAGGAAGAGAAGUGUCUCAGCCUGGAGCAGAGACGCAGGCAACUCCAGAAGCUGCUCUUUGAGGAGCGUGAGAUGCUGGCAGCAGAGCUGCAGGAGCUGCGGCUGAACAAGGGUGCAGACCUGAGUGAAAAGAGGCAGAGGAAUGACAAGCUGAAGUCAGCCAGAGAGGAGCGGAGAAAACAGAUUGCAGAGGAUUGUCUGUACGAGUGCUGGAAGAACAACAGCGCUAAGCUCCGAGAGGUUGCGUCCAAACUGCACAAGGAGCAUGUGGUGGAGGCCUGGGGAGAUCAGCUGAUUCAGAAGCAACAGCGAGAAGCCACUGAGCGGGAAGAGAAGAUCCGUGCAGAAAACAAAUACGAGGCAGCCCGGAGCAAAGCCCUGGAGAGGAUGAAGGAGGAGGAGGAGAGGCGGAAGCAGGAAGAAAGGAAGCAGGCAGAGUUCCUGCGGCAGCAGAUUAAGGAGCUGCAGCUGCGGGAGGUGGAGGCCACAAAGCUGAAGAAGGAAGAGGAGAACUUGCUCAGGCAGCACUGGGAGCUGGAAGCCCUGGAGGCCAAGCGGAAGUGCCAGGAGCAGGAGAGGAAGAAGAUUGAACUUGGGUGCUUUCUGAGGCACCAGUAUCAAGCCCAACUGAAGAGGCAGGCCCAGCGGAUCCAGGAGGAGCUGGAGAAGGACAGGCAGAUCCUCCUGGCGCUGAUGGAGCAGGAGGACGAGGACCAGCGCCUGAAGUCCGCCCGGCGGGAGCAAGCGGUGGCUGCCGUGGCCUGGAUGAAGGAGGUCAUUGAGGAGCAGCUCCAGCUGGAAAAGGCGCGGGAGGCAGAGCUGGAGACCGUCUUCAGGGAGGAAGCCAAGCAAGUGUGGGAGAAGCGAGAGCAAGAGUGGGAGAAGGAGCGCAAGGCCCAGGACAGACUCAUGGCUGAGGUCUUGGCAGAGAGGGAGCGCCAGAUCCAAGAGAGGAUGGAGAGGAACAGGCAGGCGCAGCAGGAAUCUGUGAAGUUCCGGGAGCAGCUGAUCCAGGAGCUUGAAGAGGCCAAGCAACUGACGCAGCGGGAGAAGGAAGAGGAGGCUGCGCUGAAAACUGAGCGCAGGCGGGAGUUGGAAGCGCAGCUCACAGAGCGGCAGCGGCAGGAGCAGGAGGAGCUGCAGCGCCAGUGGGAGGAAGAGGCUGAGGCCAAGCAGCAGGAGCAGCGCAAUGCGCAGCUGGAGCAACUGGCCGCCAGCCACAUGAUGGAGUUUGGCUAUCGCAACAAGAGCUACAGCUAUCCCAAAGCAGCCUGGACCUAAGAGAGCUUGCUUUCCAGUUUCAGUAGAUUCAAAUCCUCACUGUGGGAGCCGCUUUCUGGUUGCAUCCUGCUGGGGGUGCUGGGACUAUUUGUGCAGAUUAAAAAGGAGAGAGGCUGGAGGGUUGCAGCCACACACACCCCUUGCACAGCAGCUCUCUCCUGCUGUGGCUCUAAGAGGCUCUGCUGAUUCUUCAAGGCACUUGGGGGAGAUAGGGGAUGGUGGUGGACAAACUCAGUAGGCAGCAACUCAACCACACACUGUCCCUGGAAGCCUUCACCUUCCCUAACCUUGGAUGUGGAAGCAGCAGCUACCUAUUAUUGCUGUUGGCAAAGCAGUACAAUGAAGAAGAUGGUGGGAGGCUGCAAGCAU